UUGGAUGAGCUGUGCAGGGGAUAUUAGUGAUGAUAGAAGGAGGAGGAGGAGGUGUGUGUGUGUGUGUGCAGAGCUCCUGUCUCUCCAACACCACACACUCAGCUCCUCAUCAGACUCCAGAUGCCUUCACAGAGGACGCGCCUCCGUCGGCUCCGUUGAUCGCCUUCUUCCCUCGAAUCCUCUUUUUUUGUGCGCGUUUGGGAAAAGACAAGGAGGUGUUUCUUCUUCUUCUUUUUUCCUUUUUUUGUGCCAUUUCGGAGCACGUGGGAGAGCUGUAUUUACGAGCCCCGCUGCUGUGCGCCUUCCUCCCCCCCCCCCCCCCUCCACAGUGAUGGUGAUGAUGGAGGAGCGCGGCGGUGGUCGGUGGCGCAUCGCUGGGAGGGAGUGAGAGGAGGCGCAGAGAGGAGAUCCCUCCACGAAGACAUCGCCAGAGAUACCCGGAUACGCGGGUAGGAUUAUGUCCGGGAGGAGGCGGGAAAGGCGGACUUCAAUGCUUCCUCUCUGGGGGGAGAGCUUUUGGCUGGGGGUGCCCCCCUAAGAAAAUAAAAAAAUUAACAAAAUAAAACGCAAGAGUUUCCCUUCAUUUGCACCAUGAUGAUGAUGAUGRUGGUGGCGCUUGAUUUCUGACUCUCUGCGGUAAUCUCACCCUGGGAGAUAAAAGUUUCCUCUUUUUCGUUUUUUCUUAUAAUAUUCUGAGACUGCGGGGUUGAAUUCCGGAGCAGCAUCUCUUUCUCUCUCCCGCUCUCUGCGCGCGCGCGUGUUUCCGGACAUCUGUCUCCGCUGCCUGUCGCUGUCCAUGGUGCUGAAGCUGCGCUCCAGGGAUGGUGGAGACGCUGAGUAUCGCGGUGAUCGGUGCUCCCGGGGUGGGCAAAACUUCUAUCAUCCGCCAGUUCAUCUAUAACGACUUCUCGGAGGCGUACACGCCGACCCGGAGCCGGUACGUGCACCGACCCUCCGUCAUCCUGAACGGGAACAUGUACGAGCUGAAGGUUUUGGACGUCCCGCCAAUCUCCUCUUUCCCCGCGAGCGCCAGUCAGGAGUGGCUUGAUUUGCGCUGCAGAGGUGUCCGCAACGCCAACGCGUACAUCCUGGUGUACGACAUCUGCUGCGUGGAGAGUUUUGAAUACGUCAAGAUGAUCCGGCAGCAGAUCGUGGAGAACAGGGAAGGCAGCAGCAGCGAGGUGCCAAUCCUCGUGGUGGGCAACAAGCGAGACCUGCAGCGGCAGCGCUUCAUGCCCCGCAGGGCGGUGUCGGUCCUGGUGAAGAAGACCUGGAAAUGCGGUUACGUGGAGUGCUCUGCCAARUUUAACUGGCACGUGGUCCUGCUCUUUAAGGAGCUGCUGGGCAUCGCUGUGGCACGGGGCAUGCGCCAGAACCACACCUCCAUCCGCCUGCAGGGGGCUUUACAGAGGAACCGCUGCACUGUCAUGUGACCCCCACCCCCAACUCCCAGAACUCUCUCCACCCAACACUCUCUGCUGGGUGGAGCAGCACUGGAGAAAAGGACUUUUAUCAUAAUGGCUGGAAAAAAAAAAUACCCUGUGGCCUCCUGCUUAACUGAGCUGAUUUUUCAUAAUGAGGUUUAUUUGACUCUUGCGCUGUAAAAGACACACACACACACACACACACACACACACACACACACACAC